GUCAUCUGCUGGCGGGAAACAAGUGGUCCAGGAUGAAUUCAGGCACCACGCUGCCUGUGUAUAUAUCUAUGGCUGCCUGCCGCAAAAUCAUCGACAACAGCAACAGAAAUAAUUAUGGCCACAAAUAAAGUGGUUAUUGACGCCCCAAAGCUGGAGUCCAGUGGGGCAGCAAGGGCUGGAGACACCUCUAAUAAAGUCCAGAUAUUACAGGUCCCAGCCAAAUGUGGACCCAUCGCUGCCUUGCAAUCCCCAGCCACUGCUGCAGGAGGCUCAAAGGGUGACUGUGUCUCUACCCCCACACCUAAAGUCCUCCCCACUGGCCAUGGCCCCCAACCUCCCUCCUGUAUAGCUGCAGUGCGUCAGACUUCCUCCCCUUCUGUCAUGGUGGUAUCAAAGGUGGUCACCCCAGGACAAGUGACCGCUACCAGCCAACCACAGGUAACAAAAGCAGCUUUGAGCCAGGUGGCCCCCAUGAACCAGACCCCCACCCCAGGACGGACAGUGGUGAUAACUGUACCCAGGGCAGCAGGUGCACAGACAGUCACUGUGGCCCCUCGGCUGCCCCACGCUGCUUCCCCACAGCUCCCAGCCAAUAUCCAAAUACCAGCAGGUAUGAUGUUGAUCCGCAGCGACAGUGGUCAGCUGAUGCUGGUAUCCCAGCAGGCUUUGGCACAGGCUCAGCAGGGACUGAGAGGCGUUGGUGGUCAAGGGCCUAGAAUACUGGUCCCGCAGGGAUCUGCAGCAUCUGGAAAUAAAAGUAAUGAGAAGGUGACCGUGAUCAGAAUGGCAGCCCCUCCCAGUUUCCAGCCUGCACCAGUCCAGAAGACCGCUGUGGUAAAGGUGAUUGGUGUGGCUCACAAACCAGCUGUAGUCCCGCCCCUCAGUGCUGCGUCUGAACAGGGGAGCCAGCAUCGCAUUCAGGCGGUCGUCACGGAAACCAAAAAGGAACCUGCAACCGCGAUUAGUCAGGCGACCCUGGAAAGUGUGAAGAAGUGCAAGAACUUCCUGGUGACUCUGAUCAAGCUGGCCUCCAGUGACUCCAGGUCCGCCAACAUGGCCAACAAUGUCAGAGGACUGGUCCGGAGUCUGCUGGAAGGGAAGCUAGAAGCGGAGGAGUUCACAGAACAGCUGUAUCGUGAGUUGAAGUCGACUCCACAGCCCUGCUUGGUGCCUUUCCUCAAGAAAAGUCUUCCUGCAGUGCGCCGCCUUACUGCAGACCCCCAGUUAUUUAUCCAACAGGCUUCAGCCCGCAACCUCAGCACUCCGUCUUCCACCGUGAAGCAGUCCAGCGCCGACACAGGACAAAACCUCAAUACCAACCAGCAGGUUAGCUACCAGCAGCCUCGAGGAGUGACUGUGAGAGCGACAUCAGCCCAGUCCACAAACCACACGUAUAAGAGCAGCAGACCCCCACCCAAACCCACAGUGGUCCCGUCAGGAACCCACUUCACCGGAACAUUUUCAGUGAAGCAGCCUUUCACUCAGGAGCCACCUCGUUCUACCAAAUUUGCAUUCAGUUCAGGAUCUUACAGAGAAGAUGAUGACAUUAACGAUGUCGCCUCCAUGGCUGGAGUCAACCUGAGGGAGGAGAAUGCCCAGAUCUUGACCAGCGUAGUUGGCUCUGUGGUGCAGUCGUGUCACGACCAGCCCUUCCUCUCCCCUAACCCGGUGCUCAGCCGAAUCCUCCGUACAGGACAGGCAUUGGGAGUAACGGAUGUCGCUCCAGAGGUGGUAGCUCUGGUUUCUCAUGCCACGCAGGAGUGUCUCCGUGGGCUGCUGGAGAAGCUCAGUGUGAUGGCAGAACACCGCAAGCCAGCCCUGAAGGAGGACCCGUGGCAUGCCAAAGUGAGUGAUGUACGCUCCCAGCUUCGCUUCCUGGAGGAAGUGGAGAGUUUGAAAAAGAAGAGGAAAGAUGAAGAGGAGAGAGAGAGUUUGCUGCGUCUGGCCAGAAGUCGCUCCCACACUGAGGAUCCACAGCAGCAGCAGCUCAAGCAAAGAGCCAAAGAGUUCCAACAAAUAGAAGCAGCUCAGCUGCAGCAGAGAGAGGCCAACCUCACGGCUCUGGCUGCCAUCGGGCCUCGCAAGAAGAGACCCCUGGAGCAGACUGGAAGCCAGGUGAGUCUGCUGCCCAGACAGAGAGUGACUCGGGUCAUGCUGAGGGAUCUGCUGCUGUGUAUGGAGCAGGACCACUUCCUGUCCCACUCUCUCACUCUGUACAAAGCCAUGCUCUGACUACCUUAACCAACGCCUCCUACCGCUAAUGAUCCAAUCUGUCUAAAAAUAAAAUAGGCUGCAGUACAUCUUUGUUUUUUUUUCCCUUAGAAACGUUCUUUGUACUUGUGUUUCAGUUCCAUCGAAUAUCUUUGUUUAUUACCUACUAUUUAUUUUAGUAUGUUCUGGAUCAGUGAUGGUAAUCAGCUGGUCUCUAAAGCACUCAAAGUUUUGGUUUUCGAUGUUGAUUAACCUGAGUGGGAUUAAAAAGAGAAGUGUAGUUCUCAGUUGAAUGUUGUUUUUUUGUUAUUGUGCUUGUUUAUUGUUUGACCAUUAAAAUAAGUAGAAUGUGUCA